AUUGUCAUAUGAAGGCCCAGGCAUCAAACACUAGGUCCAAAAAAUUUACUCCCACGCAACUGAAAACCCCGUUGCCAACUGAAAAGCAAAACCCUACUUCGCUUUCUCCAUCUCGUCAGCUGUGUCAUCAAUGGCGGAAGCCAAUCAAACGCCGCCUUCCGAUGAAAUCAUCUCUCUCUCCAUCAACUCCCAAAACGACGCCGCUUCCUCAAGCUCGACUACUCAGAUGAGUGGAGAGGAGAGGUUUCGGAUUGUGCGAAGUGUUGGGGAAGAGUGUAUACAGGAAGAUGAGUUGUUGAAUCUUCUUACGAAGAAGCCUGAACCAAUUUGCUAUGAUGGGUUUGAACCAUCAGGAAGAAUGCACAUCGCUCAGGGUGUUAUGAAAACAAUCAAUGUCAACAAGCUCACCUCUGCUGGUUGCAAGGUUAAAAUUUGGAUUGCUGAUUGGUUUGCACAGCUAAACAACAAAAUGGGAGGUGACUUGAAAAAGAUUCAAACAGUUGGACGUUAUUUGAUUGAGAUAUGGAAAGCUGCUGGGAUGGAUCUCAAUGGAGUUGAAUUUCUGUGGUCUUCAGAAGAAAUUAACAAGAGAGCACAUGAGUACUGGCCCAUUGUGAUGGAUAUAGCUCGCAGGAACAAACUUCCCAGAGUAAUGAGGUGUGUGCAGAUUAUGGGUCGUAGUGAGCAGGAUGAGUUGACUGCAGCCCAGAUUCUCUACCCUUGCAUGCAAUGUGCGGAUAUAUUUUUCCUUAAGGCUGACAUUUGUCAGCUGGGCAUGGAUCAACGGAAAGUAAAUGUACUUGCAAGAGAGUACUGUGAUGACAUAAAGAGGAAAAAUAAGCCCAUCAUAUUAUCACAUCAUAUGCUUCCUGGUCUUAAACAAGGGCAAGAGAAGAUGUCAAAGAGUGAUCCAUCAUCUUCCAUCUUCAUGGAGGAUACAGAGGCAGAUGUGAAUUCAAAGAUAAAGGGAGCAUACUGUCCCCCGAAGAUUGUUGAAGGAAAUCCAUGUCUUGAGUACAUAAAAUACAUUAUCUUCCCAUGGUUUAAUGAGUUUCAGGUGGAGCGCAGUACUGCCAAUGGUGGUGACAAGACCUUCAAAAGCUUUGAAGAACUUGUUGUAGACUAUGAAGAGGAGAAGUUACACCCUGCUGACCUGAAACCAGCUUUGGCAAAAGCAUUAAACAAGAUACUACAGCCAGUACGUGAUCAUUUCAAAAAUGAUGCUAAUGCCCAGGAUCUGCUGAAACGUGUUAAGAGUUACAGAGUUACCAGGUGAUGCAGAGGAGGAUAUUCGCUUGCCUAUGUCAGGAUGUUUCCUGUUAAUUUACAGAAUUCUGUAUGAUUAGAUUAUUGUUCAGUUAUUUAUACAUUGAUUGAUAGUUACUUAAAUAUGAGUGAUAAUUUACACUGA